UUUUGUGGAGAGCAAAGAGGACGGUCAGUCGCAACUAAAAUCGCGAAAGUGGGGAUGACUGACGAUCAUUAUUCUUUAAUGGCGACUACUACACUUAUGUCACAUAAUCACUACCACUUCGUGAUAGUCAUUGAGAGUUCAAAGCCAUAAUUUAUCGUUAAUUUUUAAUUGGGCUUACAGUGUUUUUAUUUAAUAGCAAUGUUCGUCAUCAGGAGGCAAUUUUGUAGACAUUUCUUCAAUGAAAAUAAUUUAAUUAGAAAAUUUGUAAAUGGAAAUUAUGCAGACAAGUCUCAUAACCGAACAUAUGUUGAGACCGUCGCCAGUAGAAAUUCCACUUCUAGAUCAGACAAUUUAUCCUACAAGUACAAUCCCGGAACUAUUCCCCUGGUCGACAUGACGGUGGGUCAGUUAAUAGAAAGGGCCGCGAAUCGAUGGCCAAAUCGAGAAGCGUUCGUGUCGAUACCUCAAGGGGUUCGGAUCACGUAUAAGGAGGCCCUCGAGAGAGGCGAUAAAAUCGCAGCUGGCUUGAGAAAAUUGGGCCUCAAACCUGGCGAGAGGGUGGGCAUUUGGGGACCAAAUGACAUCGAAUGGUGUCUUGCUUUCCUCGGAAUAGCGAGAGCUGGACUAGUCGCUGUUGGGAUUAAUCCGGCUUAUCGUCAAGGGGAGAUCGACUAUUCAAUUGAGAGAGUUGGUAUUAGUGCUGUUGUGGCAUCAGCCAAGUUUAAGACGCAGGAUUAUGGGGAGAUGCUGGAGAACGCGAGGAGGAGGGAAAAUAAGGGAGGAUUGUUCAGACAUAUCAUUCUGUGGUCACAUGAACACAGGACAGGAGCUCAUCGUCUUGUAGAUGUUGAAUCUCUCGGUGAUAAGGUCGACGUGGAGGCGAUUCGACUUACUCAGGGGGAAAUAUCACCGAAUGAUGCGUGUAAUAUUCAGUUCACCUCGGGGACAACAGGUCAGCCUAAGGCACCUUGUAUAUCUCAUAGGUCCAUGGUCAAUAAUGGAAUUCAGGCUGCGGAGAGAGAAGGUCUACCGAGAGCUCACCACAGAAUUUGCUUCAAUGUUCCAUUCUUCCAUGCAUUUGGAAUGAUUCAAGGAUUGAUGACGAUGUUCCACAGCGGAUCAACUCUAAUCAUUGAAUCACCAACGUUCAAUCCGAGAGCUUCAAUCGAGGCUAUUGCGAGGGAGAAAUGCACUGGGGUAUUUGGGACACCCACAAUGUUGAUCAAUAUGAUGAGUAUUCAGAAUCAAUUGAAGGCCCCAAUCGACGACCUCAAGUGGGCCCUGACAGGAGGCGCCACUGCAUCACCAGAGAUGAUCAAAAACAUGAUCAGCACAUUCAGUUUAGAAACUUUUUUUAUGAUUUAUGGGCUAACAGAGACCACCGCCGUUAUGUUCGCAACAAUUCCCGGAGAGCCUGAGGAAUUGACUUACUCUACUGUUGGAUGUCUGCAGCAUCAUCUCGAAGUCAAGGUGGUGGACGAGAAAGGGUCAUUAGUGCCUUUCGGCACUCCAGGGGAAUUGCUGAUGAAGGGGUACAGUACUAUGAUGGGGUACUGGGACGAUCCACAGACCACGUCGAAGAUCAUCGAUGACGAGGGGUGGCUGAGGACUGGGGAUAAAUUCGUGUUAAGGGAGGAUGGGUAUGGACAGAUUGUGGGGAGGCUCAAGGAUAUGGUGAUACGAGGGGGUGAGAAUAUUUAUCCGAAGGAGAUUGAAUGCUUCUUAGAAACUCACCCUGAGAUCCUAGAAGCCCAAGUCAUCGGAGUGUACGACAAAGUCUACGGCGAGGAACUUUGUGCUUGCAUUCGAGUUACAAAUGGAUCAACUCUCUCCCCAGAGAAAGUUAAAUCUUUCUUAAAGGGAAACAUCGCACACUUCAAAAUACCGAAGUACAUAUUCACUGUGAACGAUUUUCCAAAAACAACGAGUGGAAAAAUUCGGAAGUUCAAGCUGCGAGAGGAGCUGGAGAGGAAGAACCUGAUACCUGUGACGAAUAUCCAAUAACACUAGAAUUUUAAUAAAUGUCUUUUAAAUUA